AUGGAGAACUACGAGCUGGUCACUUCACUGGGCUAUCCGGUUCUCAAACCCGAUCUCCUGUCUCGGAUCGAGCGGGUGGGAGAGCAGUGCCUCGGGGACCAGCUGGAUUCCAGCCGAGGGAUCCCGACCGAUCCGUGUGCAGGCUACCGUUUCUUCAAACCCGAGAGCCUUUCGUGGAUCGAGCGCUGGGAGGAACUCGGGGUGACCGACCGUCAGAAGCUGGAGGAAGGCAAGUUGUGCGCAGGCGCCUGCCAAGCCGCUGGACGCAGCAAAGCCAUCAAGGAAGAAGAGGGCGGCCAGAAGGGCUUUGUGGCAAGCUUGGAGCGUUACCAGCUCUUUCCCGAGAGUUCCCGGGCCGGGCUCUUCCUAGCCCCCAAUGCCGGUCAACUGAGAACCCAGACCCGGGUCAAGAAAGAGGAAGCGGCCUCCUGCGAGCCCAGCCUCGGCGGCCCCGGGCGCCCCUCCCAGGGCCUGGGCUCCGGCCCCUUCACCUGCGUGGUGUGCGGCAAGUGCUUCCGACAGAAGCAGGGGCUGAUCACCCACGGGCGCAUCCACACCGGCGAGAAGCCCUACCCAUGCCUGGAGUGCGGCAAGCGUUUCCGCCAACGCCCCAACCUGCUGACCCACCAGCGGGUCCACACCGGCGAGCGCCCCUUCCCCUGCCUGCGCUGCGGCAAGCGCUUCAGCCAGAAGGCCAACCUGGCGGCCCACCAGCGCACCCACGCGGUGCAGGAGGGGCUGAUCGCGCCCGAGCCCAAGGUGCCGGUGCCGCGGGGCAGCCGCUCCACCGAGAAGCCCUUCCCCUGCAGCGUCUGCGGCAAGAGCUUCAGCCAGCGGCCGAACCUCAUCACCCACCAGCGCAUCCACACCGGCGAGAAGCCCUUCCCCUGCACCGAGUGCGGGAAGCGCUUCAACCAGCGGGCCAACCUCAUCACCCACCGGCGCAUCCACUCGGGGGAGCGCCCCUUCCCCUGCGCCACCUGCGGGCGGCGCUUCAGCCAGAAGGGCAACCUGGCGGCCCACCAGCGCACCCACUCCACUGACCGGCCGUACGCCUGCGCGCAGUGCGGCAAGAGCUUCCGACACAAGCCCAACCUGCUGGCCCACCGGCAAGUGCAUACCGGCGAGCGGCGCUACCAGUGUCAGGAGUGCGGCAAGUCCUUCGGCAGCAAGGCCUACCUGGCCUCCCACCAACACAUCCACACCGGCGAGAAGCCGUACGUCUGCGUCCAGUGCGGGAAGAGCUUCCGCCACAAGCCCAACCUCAUCUCCCACCAGAAAAUUCACUCGCGGGAGCCCCUGGCCCACGGCAGCCCGCACCCCCUCGAGGCCUUCAACGGGGAGCCGUUCUCCAGCCAGCAGCGCCCGUCCCCCGAAUCUCUGGGCCUGGACCCCUUCCAGCACGCACGCCCGGCUGCAGAGGCCUUCCUGCCCUGCGUCCGGGGAACCACGCCGUUGCCCCAGCUGGCCGGCAUCCUUCCUCCGCCCUCGCCCCAGCCGGUGAUCGACCGCCCCUUCGUUUGCCCGGUGUGCGCCAAGCAGUUCCGAUGCAAGCCCUACCUGGUGGCCCACAUCCGGAUCCACACCGGGGAGAAGCCGUACGCCUGCAGCCGCUGCCCGAAGCGCUUCUCCCAGAAGUCGAACCUGGUCUCGCACGAGCGCCUCCACACGGGCGAGAAGCCCUACGCCUGCCCGCUCUGCCCGCGCGUCUUCAGCCAAGGCUCCAACAUGCGGGCGCAUCAACGCAGCCACAGAAACAUCACCGCGGCCGAGAUGGAAGCGGUUCUCCGCCCAGGAUACCCAGCCCAACAGAUCCAGCAGCCAAAUUAG